AUGACGGUGGCAAGGAUAAAACUACUUAGAAAUAAGAGAAACGUUGUUGUGAAUCCGAUGAGGCGUGAUAUCGCUUUGCUUCUCCAAUCCAGUGAGGAUGCCACUACCUUGGUGUACGUAUUUACACUGUUACACACUCAUUAUCUUUAUUUUGAACAAGUGGGUAAAAUAACUGCAAAUGAGUUUCUUAAGCUAUUAUGUGAACUUAUUGUUGCAAGACUUUCUAUAAUUGCAAAAUGCAGGGAAUGUCUAUUGGAUCUAAAAGAAGGAAUUGCAAGUCUCAUUUUCGUCGGACCUCGAUGCUCAGACAUUCCUGAAUUGCACAUAAUUCACAAAUCUUUGAGAAGAAAUAUGGAAAAGAUUUCGUCUUUGCUGCAACUAAUCUCCGACCAAACUUCGGCGUCAAUCGCACGAACCCCAUAUGGGGAGAUGAAAUUAAAGAUCAUGAAGGAGAUUGCUAAAGAAUAUAAGAUUGAAUGGGAUACGACUAAAACUGAAAUCGAGCUUCUCAAACCUACUGAAAAACACAUUGAUGGACCAACUGGGUUUUCUAGUGCGAACAAUCUACCACUGAAAUUUUCUUUAUUACUUGGAUCCCGAGAUGGUCGAUUUCAGCGACAUCGACGAACACGCUACAGAAGAAAACAAGGUCGUGCUGCAAUAGCUAAGGGACUCGGGAUUAGAAACAUACUUGUCUGGUCCGUUCAUCGUGCACCCAACGGAGGUUGUGGAGUUUCUGGCGACGACGACUCUAACGAAAAGGACGGUCUCCGCCAUCGUGAACCGCAAAACAAUUAA